CAGUCACGGUGUGACAGCGACGUCGCGCGGUCCGGUGCUCACAAGCAAAAUCGCUGCGUGUUUACGAUAAACAUCAAUAACCAUUCGCAUUCAAAAAUGUGAAACACCUGCAGGAAACCAUCAUAUUAAUUUAUAGUAAAUUAGACUAUCGGAAUCUCGUUAAACAAUCCACCAUAAACAAUGGCAAAACGACUGACUGAGGAGAUGGUCAUUGCGCGGACGAAGAUUUCGGAUUUGUCCAAAAUCAAGCGCCUCAACUGCUGGGGUAGCGAGUUGGUUGAUGUGUCUCUCCUGCGCCGCAUGCCCGCCGUUGAAGUGCUAUCGCUCAGUAUCAACAAGAUAAAUAGCUUAGAAGACUUCUGUCAAUGCAAGCGUCUAGAGGAACUCUACAUAAGGCAGAACGACAUUCGUGACCUCAACGAAGUCGUAUACCUGCAAAGUCUAUCAAACCUGAAGAACCUCUGGCUGGGCGAGAAUCCAUGUGCCAAUACGGACGGUUAUCGGUAUGCCGUUUUGCGCGCACUGCCGCAGCUGCAGAAGCUGGACAACGUCGCUGUCACGCCGGACGAGCUGCGCGAGGCUCAACGUCGCGGCAAGACGCUCACCCAUCCGGAUGAUCCUCAGGAGAGCGAGGAGGAGUACUCCAACCAUUACCAAUAUCAAGAACAGCAGGUACCGCCUUCACAGCAGGAGUACUCACCGCAGAGAAGUCCGUCUAGACAGGAAUCGGAAAUUGAAAUCGAAGAGGAUGAAUAUUUGCCGGAAGCGGAGGUGGUCAAAGUCGAGGUACCAGCUGAGUAUACUCCACCAAGACAGAUGAGCCCGCCAAGGCGUCCGCCAGUUCAACCCGAAGUAGUACGAAGGAUAAACUACUCACCCGAACCCGAAUAUACCGAACGACGAAGGAGUAGUUAUGAUCCUCUGUCGCCAAAGCAUCAACCUCAACAACAGCACGAGAAAGCGCCAUCAACUAACAAUCAUGAGGAGCCGAUUACAUCUGAACAUAAUUUCAAAGAAUCUCGCUUGGUGACAAGUCAAUCUACUAAUAGCAUAAAGGAAUACACAAAUGGCGAUAGAUAUUCAAGGAGCAUGUAUCGAGAAGAUGGCAGCGAAAUGUCCUACCGACACGAAGGUCCUGUACGUAGUGCCAGCCAACACAAUUGCUCAGCUAUUCACAGGCCGCCUUUUCAACGACGACCUGUUACGAGGAAUUCGAAUAUUUUGUCGGCUGUCUUGUGCCUAGUUAAAGAAUUAGAUUAUCCCAGCUUGGAAGUAGUUGAGAUGGCGGUGCGCUGUCGAAUGAACGAGUUGGACGAAUGACACAAGCAGAAACCAAGCCCCGAAGAAGAGACGCGCUGAUAUGUUCGAAUGCAACAAAAGGAAGGAUUUCAAUAUAUGACUUUAUCAUUCACCCGAACUAACUGUUACUAAUUUGAUCUCUAAAUUUAGUAUUACAUAUUUUUUAAAUUGGAUGAUUUUGAACAACUCGAGAUUAAUUUUCUACUUUAUUCGACUACACUUUCCUAGUCGGACGAUUUACUUAUUUAUUAAUUUAUUUCCGGUUUACUCUUCUUAUGCAAUUAGUUAAGUAUAAUAUGUCUCACUCCAGAGGUUGUGUAUAGUAGUUAACUAAAACGUACUGAUUUAAUUUAUGCAUCGUAUGAGAUUUCUUCGUUUACAUUUACUGAUUGUUAAGUUAAGUUUAGAGAUAAAUUAUAUGAAAUUAUUAGUUUCGUUUUAGUAUGUUUACAUUUUUACAUCAGCACUUAUUAGGAUAUGACUUAAUAACGCGUUGAACAUCAAAAGAAUCAAAAUGUAUGAUAGUCUAGUCUGUUUGUCCGUUGAAUUGUUUGUCACUCUUAUCUUGCCAAUACUAUUUUGAUGGUGCAAUUUUGAUUAUGUAUUAUCAACAUGACUGCAGCAGGAAUUUCGAAAAUAUGUAUAUAAAAUGAUUCAUUUUGGUGCAAGCUGCAACUUACUAUUUUUAUAUACAAACGUACGAAUAGUGCAAAUGUUUGGCGAAUCAUAUAUUGUCGGUGUUGGUAUAUUUGUAAGAGGCAAUAAUAUAUUGUAGUAAGAAUACACAUUUUUAUAAACAACAA